AUGGCGUCCCCUAUGAUGCUUGCCAGGACCGCCCUCCGGCCCCAGGCCCGGCGGAUGACAAAGUCGACACAAUGGGUACGGAGUGUUAGCAAAAGAUUCAGGCCCGAGCCGGAGCCUCAACCGGAAAAGUCGAAUCUCGGCCUCCGCAUCCUUACCGGUGCCCUGGUGGGCGGUGUUGCUGCCGGUGCCGCUCUGGUUGCGUACCCUAUGCUCACGGCCGACACCAAGGAUGAGAAGAAGCCCGUCGGACCGGAGAAGGCUGAGCUCAUCUUUGAGAAGCCCCGGAAACGGUCCGUCUCCGCCGAGGAGAGCCGCAACGAGUUGAGCCCGCAGCACGUCCAGGUCAAGCAGAGCUGGGAACAUCCCGGUGUUUACGCUUGGGGUUCUAAUGCCGGUAAGGUCGUUGCUCCGGAUUCCAACGAAUCCGUCAUCAAGACCCCAAGGCGCAUCUCCUACUUUGAUGACCAGAUUCUGCGCGAUCUCAAGCUGGACCGCAACUUUGGCGCCGCCAUUGAUGAGAAAGGAAACCUGGUCCAAUGGGGUGUCGCCUUCGACAAGGAAAACUAUACCCCGACUGUCACCUUGAAGGGCAAGGAUCUGGUCAAGCUGGCCAUGUCUCGCGACCGUAUCAUUGGUCUUGCCUCCAAUGGAGAAGUCUACUCUGUCCCGGUGGCCGCCGCUGAUCAAAGAGCGGGCCAGAAAGACGUUACCGCCUCAUCUUCCUCCCUCUGGUCCAGCCAGUCUCCCGUGAACUUCCGCUCCCUCAAGCCCAAGAGCCUGGGAUGGAAUGAAAAGAUUGUCGAUGUCCGCAGCGGCCUGGAGCACUGCCUGAUGCUCACCUCCAAGGGCCGCGUCUUCUCUGCCGCCUCCAGCUCCGAGGACUUCCCCUCAAAGGGCCAACUUGGCAUCCCCGGCCUGACAUGGACCAACCGCCCAGCGGGCCCUUACGACCAGCCUCACGAGGUGACCGGCCUAAGCGGCUCCAAGAUCAAGGAGAUCGCUACCGGCGACUUCCACUCGCUUGCCCUCGACACCGAGGGCCACAUCUUCACCUUUGGCGACAACUCCUUCGGCCAGCUCGGCUUCCAGAACGACACCGAACACCCUUACGUUGACUCGCCCCGCCCCUUGCCCAUCAACCAGCUCUACCACGGGACCAGCCUGCGGCCCAAGGUGACCUCCAUCGCCGCUGGCGGCCUCAACAGCUUCUUCACUGUCGACGCGCGCGCCUUCCAGGGAGAAAUCGGCAGCAAGUCGGCGCAGCUCGUGCCCGCCAAGGACCUCGGCCGCAUCAACGUCGAGACCUGGGCCUGCGGCGAGGGCAUCCACGGCAGUCUCGGAACCGGCAAGUGGACGCACGUGUCCGUUGCCCCCACGAAAGUCAAGGCUUUGUCCAACCUCUUCGAGUUCGACGAGGCCACCAACAGCGUCGUGCCCAUCCGUCUGUCCCGUCUGAGCGUCGGCAGCACCCACGCCUGCGCAGUCAUGGAUAACGUCACCCGCGUCAGCACCGCUUCUUCGAAGAAGGAGACGGACACUAACUUUGGUGCUGACGUGCUGUGGUGGGGCGGAAAUGAGUAUUAUCAGCUGGGCACGGGGAAGAGGAAUAAUGUCAACUUGCCUACUUAUAUCGCGCCGCUGGACACGCCUGCCCAUGGUGGACACGGACACGAGAAUAGGCUGGUGAAGAGGGAGGGAGAGACGAAUCGGUUCCAGUUGACGCCGAGGAAGACAGUUAGGUUGGAUGGUGGCAAGGGAAGGAGCGUUAGUGUUGAGCAGAGGGCGGAGUGUGGACGGCUGGUUAGUGCUGUUUACUCUGCUGCUUGA